AUGUCAGCUAGGUUGGCCAUAAUCCCGAGGGUUCACUUCACGCCAAGCCUAAACUAUUUCUACAAUAAUUCCAAUAAGUUACUAAAACUUGAGAGAGGUUUCAUUCUGAAUCAAUUUUUAUCCCUGCGAAGAAAGCACAUACCUGCUGAACGGAUCGCCGAACCCGCCCAUCUAGUAUAUGAAGACAAAAAGGCAACCUCAUUCGGUGAAGUUGCAACGAAGGUUUUAAGCUGUCAGGACUCUGAUGCUAGGCUGUCGCAGAAGUUGACCGACCCCACGAAUACGAAACAGACAAUUCCUUUUCCGAUCAAACCCAAAGCAAACACGAACCAGAAGAAGAUCAGAAAAUCCAAAGGCUUGCUUAAUCCAUAUGUAAAAUUAACAAAGCCCAACUUAACAGUUUUGGUAACAUUAAGUUCGAUCUGCUCUUAUGCAAUUUCCCCAAACUCUGUGUCCAUUACCGAGCUUGCUUUUCUAACACUCGGAACAGCUUUAUGUUCGGGCUCUGCCAAUGCGAUAAAUAUGGGUAGAGAACCGGAGUUUGAUAAAAGGAUGAUGCGAACUUCCAUGAGACCUGUAGUUACAGGUUUGGUGACGCCGAGACAAGCGUACCAAUUUGCUCUAGUAACGGGCGCCAUAGGUUGCACAAUUUUGUGCUUUGGCGUCAAUCCUACUGUGUCAUUAUUGGGCUUCUUGAACAUAGGCCUCUAUGCAUGGAUUUAUACGUCGUUGAAACGACGUUCAAUUGUCAACACAUGGGUGGGUGCGGUUGUGGGAGCUAUACCACCCCUUAUGGGUUGGGCUGCUUCUUCAUCUCUCACUCAUCCUGGAAGCUGGUGCUUGGCAGCCCUUUUGUAUGCAUGGCAAUUUCCCCAUUUCAAUGCACUCUCUCACAAUAUUGCGGAACAGUAUAAAAGCGCAGGGUACGUGAUGGCUGCUGCAGAAAACCCGAAAUUAAAUGCUAGAGUUGCAUUACGAUACUCUCUUCUCAUGUUCCCAAUUUGCUUCGGUUUAAGUUAUUACGGUGUCACAGAUUGGUAUUUCCAAAUUGAUUCUGCCAUCGCAAACGCAUGGAUGACUGUGCUCGCUUACAGGUUCUGGAACCAACAACGGAAGAACCACGCGAGGGGUAACCAUCCAACACCAGAAGCUAUUCAAAUGGCUAAUUUUCAUGCGAAAAAACUUUUUUGGUGCUCAGUUUGGCAAUUACCAGCUGUGCUAAUCUUGGCGAUGUUGCACAAGAAGGGUCAGUGGGACCGUCUCGAAAAAUAUUUAGGCUUUGGAGUAGCACCAGAGAAAGGUACUGAACUACCAUCAAUAUAA